CGACAACCGUAAUAAUUAACAUCGAAUAACAAAAAGUUACCUUACGAUCGAGGUAGGAAAAUGAAAACAGAAUUAGUGCUAGCUAACCAACGACUUAAGAAGGUCAAAUACAGACAAAUAUGUGUUGGAGAAAAAACGGCAGAUGUCAUACAUAAAAGAAUAGGAGAUAUUCAAUAAAUCUAUUUUGGAAUUGCAAUUACAAAGCAAGCUAAAUAUAUCUGUAAAGAUAUAAUAUUCCUAAAAUGAACGUCUGCCGUACCUAGAGAAUUAUAAAAUAGAACCAAGCUUUUAAUAUCCCACAAAGACAACUUAUAUGGAAAAUGCACUAAGAAUAACAUUCCUAUUAAUUAUCUGGAACGUAAAUCUUCCCUAAGAUGUGUAUACUCCUAGAGCCGCUUACCGUCUGAUAAACCGGCACGUCCAUAAGCCAACACUUGGAAUUAGAGCUGAAGGAAUUUCAUCUAGAUUGGAACAAAGAUAAGUGUACUUAAUUAAUGUUCUCAUUUAUAGACCGAAUUGUGUUCCGCAAUAUAUUAUAUAUUUAUUCUACAUUUGUUGUUAAGCAUUAGAUUAUUUUUUAACUUCCCUUAUCAUAUCUUUUACUAUCGGUUGUGUCUACACAACAAAUAAUAUGUUGUCAAUUUUUCAUCUAAAUCUCAAUGCAUGUAAGGGAACAUAAGUACUUAUAGACCUAGAGCAUUGGUCUCUAUAGGGUUCAUUACAUAAUAACUUAGGUAUUGUGGUAGAUAAUAUACAAGUAUAUUAAUACGGUAUUAUGAAGAAUAUCAUCUGGUUCUGUUGACUAGCACUCACUAUUGUUUUUCUGUCUCUUUAUUGUUUGUAUCUGAAAGAAACGUAAACUCAUAUAAAUCAUUUAAUAGUCGGAAACUUUUACGUUAUCUGCUUAUAUCUUGGCAACCAAAAUUUUAACAUUACUCAUAUUCAUUAUUUAUAUUAUUAAUUAAAUUUUACUAUUAUAUAUUCAUCUUGCAAGCCAAUGUUUUACAUUAUUAUACAUUAUUUAUAUUUUUAGCUAGAAAUUUUACAUUAUAUAUAUAUACAUUAGUUACCAAAAUCUUACUUUACAUAUAUCUAGGUAUUUUUUUUACACAAUAAAAAUAAGGUAUACCUAUUGGGUUUGUAUCAUUUCACCUGCACCUGAUAUCUCUCAACUAUAUGUGUUCAUAUAAUAUUUUAUUUCAGGAUUAAGUUAUUUGGAUUGUUUAUAUCUUUCUCCUUAUUUCUCUCUCUCUCUUUCUCUCUCUCUCUUUCCCCCUCUCUCUCUCUCUAUAUCUCUCUCUCUCUCUAUAUAUAUAUAUAUCUCUCCCUAUAUCUCUCUCUCUAUAUAUCUCUCUCUAUAUCUCUCUCUCUCUCUUUUCUAGUCUCCCACACUGUUCUAUCAACGAAGUAAAGGCUCUAAAAGGCAUUUACUUCUGGCGCCCAUCUUUGGUUUAUUGAUCAUAGGUCAGUUCUUUUCUUUUAAGUAUUUCAUUACUUUUUAAUUUUUCUGGUUUCUUCCUUUAUCACUAUCUCUUUCUCCCCUAAACAACAGCACGAAAAUAAGCCGAUCUCCACUUCCUGAGCUUUUACGUCUCAUCCUCAUCCUCAUAAAUAGUUUGUUAUCUUCAUUCUAAUUUUAACUUGUUAAGCCGUUUCUCACUACCCCUUUCUUUCAUCAAUCAAAUUUUAGUAAAAAAAAAAAUAUAACCCUACUAUAAGGGUUACAAAGUGGCGAGCCCAUCGUGGAGCUGUUGUUUUUCAUUUAGGUGGUGAUUUAGUGUUAGUUACACUACAUUCUCUUAUUCAAUUUGGUUAUUGCGAAUUAUCACUUACAGUUUGUUGUUGUUUUGGAAAAAAAAAAAGAAAAAGUUGAUAGUAGCAGUGUAUCAUUUUGUUUUUUUUUUGAGAGAGUAUACAGGUGUAAGGGAAAUUAUUUUAGAAUUGAGGAUAUAGCAUGAAUUGUUGGGUGGUAUACGAACAUAAGUUAAAAGGUAAUAUAUAAAUGUUUAUUGAAGGUGACGUUAAUAUUUAAUAAACUGAAUUUUUACAUUUUUAUACGUUACAUAUUUUUUGGUAUCUUAUAAUUAUUAUGAUAUCCUGUACUGGCACUUGUAUCCACACAAUUAUAUAUUUUGGGUUAUAGGUAUAUGUUUAUUAGGUUCUGAUUUCUAUCUCAAUUUUAGAUUACUGUAUGCGAUUAAAUUUGCGGGCUUUGUGCCAGUUGUAAAAUUUUUUUUUAUUGAGUUUAUCUAUCUAACCUUCAUUGGGGUGUUUUGUCUUGAUACUGAAAGUUUCUUUUUUAAAAUGUCCACUUUUAAAGUUGAUCAUUUACUGGUAAAAGAGUUAGAUUACGAGCUUAAAAUCCGAAGUAUUGAUGUUACUGAAUAUCCUACCGUCGAGGCUAAACGCAAAAUAUUGCGUGGAGCUCUGCGACAGGAGAAGGAAAAUAGGAGUUUUCGGCAAAUUUCUUCCUCCUGUAUUCCCUUUGACAAACAUAAGGAGGAGAUUGAGGACACACUGAAAGACCUUACCCAGAAAAUCGGGAUAUUCAGGGGUACAAUACUGGAUCCUACCUUUGCUAGAUUGUCGUCUAGAGUAGCUCAUUUAUCUGGACGAGUAAGUCGCUUAGAGUGUGAUACCGAUGAACAGGAAUUAUACCAGAAAACCGUCGCAGUCAAAAUCUUGGAUAUUGAAGGUGACCUCGAUGCUCGGGGAAACCCAGCUGCUACCUCCACUCCAAAUGCACCCAUACACAAUGCGUCACCCUUCCCAUUUUCUAAAUCUGCCCAAGUUCAUAAAUGGGGUAUUUCUUUUUCUGGUACAGGUGAUCGUGAUACUGUUGUCGCUUUCUUAGAGAAAGUUGAAUGUUUGCGAAUCUCUAGAUGUAUUCCAGAGGAUGACUUAUUUGCAGCCUCCGCUGAGUUGUUUACCGGUCCUGCGUUCACUUGGUUUAUGAAUAAUCGCUCUAACCUUUCUUGCUGGAAAGAUCUGGUGCAAAAACUUAAAGCUGAUUUCCUACCAUAUUCCUACCAAGAUGAUCUUUUGGAUGACAUUAAAAAGCGGAAACAACUCCAGAAUGAACCCGUUACUAUGUUUAUCAACAACAUCCUUGGGUUGUGUAGUCGUCUUGACAUUCCUCUCACGGAAUCCGAAAAGGUAAGAAUCAUCAUGAAAUCUUUGUUACCCUCAUAUCACUCUCAACUAGCUCUUGUAGAAAUCCGUAGUAUCGACGAACUUACGGAAAAAUGUAAGCGGUUAGAAGAAACAUUUUCUUGGUCUAAUCAACCCUCAACUGUAGUUUCGUCUCGUCCUUUCCCGUCUUCUAGUCAGAAUUCCUUUUCACGAAAUCGAUCAUGGCAAAAUAAAGUACCGAAACACAAUGUAUCUACCGUUACCUCCACGAUCGUAUGUUGGAAUUGUUAUACUCAGGGACAUGCCUUCUCUGCAUGCCCAAACCCCAGAUUGCGUCCCUUUUGUUUUGGGUGUGGCCUUGAAAAUACCACUAAACCCAGGUGUAGGAAUUGUCAGGGAAACGGUCGUUUAGAGGAUUGUACCCUGAGCCCUCCUCUGACAGUCUCUCCAUCAGGGAAUUCCGUAACUUCCAUAAACAAUACAGGACUCAACACGUCAAGCCCUCCCGUACCUUCUACCAGUCGAAAAGGGAAAGGUAUUUCGUCCAAAAAGACAACAACUUCAAACAACAACCUAUCUCAAGAUUAAGUUUUCUGAAGCAGACACCCUUUAAUGUCGAAUCAGAUAAUGAUAGUGUUUCUUUCUCAGUAUCUUCAUUAAAUCUCCCAUCUCCUUGUCUCGAACAAGAACUUAACUCUGCGUUAAUUCCGUUACCUUUACCUUCUUCCAGAAAAAUUAAGGAAGGAGAUACCUGUCUACCUAUAUCUCAAUUUUCUGGCAACACCAUAGUGAUUGAUAAAACAACCUUAGAUUUAAAUUCUCUAUUAGUUAGGAAACAUAACGAUAAUCGUCCGUAUCUCCCUAUCGAAGUAUUAGGUCAAUCUUGUUUAGCACUUCUGGACAGUGGUUCAAACAUAUCUUUACUAGGUUCUUUAUCUCUUCGUUUAAUAGACAACGAUAAAGUCAAAGUUAACCCGAUUUCUUCUCUUCAAGUAUCGACUGCUGAUGGCACUGUACAA